GAAAGAAUGGAGGUGUUUGACAAGAGGCCAGUGGUCUUGAUCAUCAUCAGAAUGGUGCUCUCCCACCAGGUUGAGAAUUUCCUUCUUUGUUCUCCUCCGUUGCGUAGGCAGUGGGAAGAUGCUGCUGAUGCAUCACCUCGUCUGGAGAUUCACGCCAUGAAGCAGUGGCCCAGAGUACUGCAACAGACUGAAUGGACAUCGCUCAAUCUCUUCGCGACGAAGAUCGAUGAGAUCGUGGAGAAGAGAGACAACGAAGUGGACUACGUGCUCAUCUACACUCCCGGACAGAUAGAGAUUUUUACUUGGUCUGCGUCGGGAGCAAUCGUCACAGAGGCCUUUGCGUGCACCUUUCCAUCGUCCGUGAUCUGCGUUGUGGACAUCUUCGGUCAGCCCAGUUACAUUCAUGAGAAACAUGCUCUCCGCCUGUAGCAUUCUCUACAAGAUGCAGCUGCCUUUCAUUCUCACCUUUAACAAGACAGGUGUGUGAAGCAACCGUUUUCUGUUGAGGUACCUUCCUACUUGCCAGGUUGAGGCGCGUGUUUUUAAAGAAUGAUUUCUUGGUGCAGUGAAUGAAAGACUUAAAGGCUUUUCAGUUA